AUGGAUGGUUACAAACUUUGGUACUCUGUAAGUGAGAGACAUAGGAAUGGAGUUGGCAUCUUAGUAAAUGAAGAGUUUAGAGGGCGAGUAGUGAAGGUGAAGAGGAUUAGUGAUAGGCUGACGUCCAUUAAGUUAGUUUUUGAGGGGUUUACCCUGAACAUGUAUAGUGUGUAUACACCGCAGGUGGGCUUGGGCGGGGAGGAAAAGAUACAGUUUUGGGAGGACUUGGAUAAGGUUGUUAGAGGCGUGCCUGACUCUGAGAAGAUUAUGGUAGCAGGGGAUUUUAAUGGACAUAUCGAGGCAUUUUUGGGAGGCUUUGGCGAUGUGCAUAGUGGUUUUAGUUUUGGGGAGGGAAAUAAAAAGGGAGCUGCUCUGUUGGAAUUUUGA